AUGGCUGCGGCUGACCCGUCGCGCAAGCGCAAGCGUGACGACGACGGACCGCCGGACACCAAGAGGGCACACAGCCUGGCAUCUGCUGCGGCCGCAAGCAGCAGCAACACCGACAAUUGGCUGCUGCAGGUCCCGCGGCACAUGCGCCGGGUGGCGCAGACAACUGCCUCACGGAUCACCACCCUCGUGCUCGAGCAUAGGCUGCACGCCGUCUCCAAGACCUCAGACAUCACCGCCCUGCGGACCCGAUCGGCUGCCGACGCUGCGCUCUUUCGCCACUUUAUGGGCGCACUGGUGUGGGACGAGGCCGUCAUCGCCAUUGUUCUCACUGCCGUGCUGGCUGCUGUCCGCCCGAGGUCAAAGCUACUGACAACCGCAGCAUCGGCGACGACGUCGUCGGCCAUCGCCGCAGCCGCCGCCAAUGCCCCGCUCGCCGCGCACAUAGCCUCGCUCACCGCUCGCACCUCGUCGUCGCUGGCUGAGACGCUGGCCAAGUCGGGCGUGAAAGUGCCGCCGCCGACUGCGGCAUCUCUUGCGCCGCCUACGUCGUCAAGCACUGUCGCCUCACAUCUCGUCGAUGGCUCGGCGCCGUACGUGCUGGCGCUCAUCGAGCUUGUUCGCGGGUGCGCCAAACAGGUUCUGCUCCUUGCGCAGCCGCUGGUCUCGUGCCUGCAGGAGGCGAUCAACGUUGCGGCGAGCAGCCCUGGCGCCACGCCUUGGGUCGCUGCGCCACUGCAGGCGCGCAUGCCCGACUCGCUGCUGCCGGCCAUGACGCUGAAUGGUCUGUGCGCGCCGCGGCUGGUGCACGACGCGGCGCUCCUUGCCCCGCAACUGGUUGCGGUCAACGCGCUCAUGUCGACAGAGCUUCCGCCGAUUGUGCUGUACGAGGUGGAGGAUGACGUCGAGGCCGGAAGCCCGUGCGCGCGCGAGUCGUGGCCGGCGCUGUUCUCGCGUAUCGGCCCGGUUGUCGCCUUCCGGGCUGCGUCGGAGCGGGCGUCCGACGCAAACAUGGCACUCUUUCUCGACGGCCUGCUCCGCGAGACAGCGCGAGUCUUCCCCGGCCCGGUCCUCCUUGUCGCCCGCUCCGAGUCGGUCCUUCCGCUGACCAAAGCACUGGCUGGCGCGUGCGUCGAGUCUGGCACCGCCAAGCUGGUCGCCGGCGUGGUGGCCAUCAGCCUGCCGGCCGGCCCGGCAGACGAUACCGAGCACCUGGCAGCGCUGCCGGUUCCAGUCCUCGCUCUUCAUGGCGCCAACGUGCUGCCGCACUUGUACGACGUGGCGGCACUCGCCAGCGUGCCCAACGUCACGCUCAAGAUCGUGGCCGACGGCGAUGCCAACCUCGACCGCUGCGACUCGUUCCUCCGCCGUCACGCGCUCUCCCAGUCGAUGGCCCGCCAGCGCGUCCUCUCUGCCGUCCUGCACUUUGUCAAGACGGAGACCAAGGUUUACUCGUGACUCUCCAUCGCAUCGCUCGCCUUUGCAAUCGCAGCCUCAGUGCGGCCCGGCGUGGGCGUGCCCGCACUCGGCGAAAGCGGUCGCGGCGACCGCCGCCGACGCGACCGCCGCAAACGCCGGGCCGCGGCGCUGGGUCAUGCACCCUGUUGGGGUGCAGAUUGUCACCACCUUGCCAAACUCCUCGUCCGGCUCGGCGUAGCUCGCCAAGUCCGGCGGAAAGGCAAAGCCGCUCUGCAGCGUCUGCGAGAGCGGUGGGAUAAAGUUCUUCUUGCGCGAGA